AUAAUUUCCAUUAUGGCAACAAAAAGAAGCUGCAAUUAAAUCCGGCCAUUUUCUAGCUUUUUGUGUGUUCACCGCCUGCUUGAACGGAGAAGGACAAGCCACGAACAAAGCGAGAGAAUUGCAUGGAAGACUGCAGGUGAUGGGGAAUUGAAGGUUUGCCAUCUCAUUCUGGUUCCCCCCACUCCACACUGGGAAGAAGGAGAGGAGGAGGCGGAUAGAGAUCACCGGAGGCCGCAGCGGCAGAAGACACAAGGCAUGAAGAUGGCGAAAGAAGAAGCUGCUGAGAAGAAGAAGAGGAGCGAGAAAGAUGAGACCUUUGUGGAGGAGGAGCAGGAGGAGAAGGCACCGGAGAGAGGAGGAGGAGGAGGAGGAGGAGGAGGGAAGACUGUUGUGGUUGGCGUUAGAAUGGACUCGCAGAGCCGAGAACUUCUCACUUGGGCGCUGGUCAAGGCCGCCGCCUCCGGGGACCUUGUCGUCGCCCUUCACGUCCUAUCAUCCUCCGGCGGUGGUAGUGCCGCAGCGGCCAAGGAUCCUGGUGGCCAGCCCGUCGCCGUGCUCUCUGUCGCCAAGGAACUCGACGCUAUGCUCGCCGUCUACGAGGGCUUCUGCAACCUAAAGCAGAUCGACCUAAAGCUGAAAAUUUGCAAGGGCUCGUCCAUACGCAAGGUUCUGGUGAGAGAGGCCAAAGCCUUCGCUGCGUCACUGCUCAUCCUCGGGGUCACCAAGAACAGCCGCGCCAUCGGGUCUUCUUGGGUCUCCAUAGCUAAGCACUGCGCCAAGAAGCUACCAAACGACUGUUCGGUGGUGGCAUUGAGCGACGGGAAGAUCGUCUUCCAGAGAGAAGCAGCAGGCCCGAAGAAGCUGAACGAUACAGCCUCCGAUCCUUCGUUUCCACCAGAAGCUGAGCUGAAUGGUUGUAUCAUUUCCCACGCCGCGAAUGGCUUAUCUGCCGGCAAUGGCUCACCAAGAAGCAAUUGUUCAAUCUGUGCACCUGAAUCCGAUCCUUCUUCCCUGAACGAGCUGAAGGAGGAAGAGUCAUUGGACUUGGUCCCAGUGGAGAAAACUGAAGCUCCCACGAGCAGCACUGCACUUACCAUCGUCAAGGAUUUACCUGAAGCCAGACCUGGUUGGCCUUCUCUUAGAAGGCUGGUCUUCACCAACAGGAAGAGCCUCUGUUCGGAGAAGCACAAGGCCUCUGUGGUUCAAUGGGCAAAGUGGCUACCGAGCCGAUACUCGUCUGUGCAUCCCGAUCGCAAGUCCAAGAAGUCGGAAGGAAAUACGACACUCGACCUAGACCAAGAGAGCGGAGCCAUUGUGCCAGUUGGGGCCGAUCUGCCACCAACCCCUUUUCUUCUCAGUGAUGCAGAAGGGAGGCUGCCCGAGGAGUUGGAGUCUUUUCGAAAGAAGUUUUCAUCUGUUUGCAGAUUAUUCAGCUACGAGGAACUCGAGCAAGCAACGUCCAACUUUCUGCAUGAGAAUUUGAUUGGAAAGGGCGGGAGUAGCAGUGUUUAUAAGGGCUGCCUUUCCGAUGGCAAGGAAUUGGCUGUGAAAAUAUUGAAGCCAUCUGAAGAUGCAGUGAAAGACUUUGUUUCAGAGAUUGAGAUUAUCACCACCUUGCAUCACAAAAACAUUAUUGCAUUGCUUGGAUUUUGCUUUCAGAAUAAUAGUCUAAUGUUGGUCUAUGACUAUCUAUCACGAGGUAGCUUAGAAGAAAUCCUCCAUGGUGAGGAAGUGAACAAGCAUGUUCUCGGUUGGGCUGAAAGAUAUAAGGUGGCAAUAGGUGUUGCGGAGGCACUUGAUUAUUUACAAGGGGGUGGUACUACUGAGCCCGUGAUUCACAGGGAUGUGAAGUCCUCAAACAUCCUUCUCUCCGACGAUUUUGAGCCACAGUUGUCUGACUUUGGAUUGGCGAAAUGGGCAUCAGCAUCAUCUCAACUGAUUUGCAGCGAUGUUGCAGGGACUUUCGGGUACUUAGCUCCCGAAUACAUUUUGUAUGGAAAAGUUAAUGAGAAGGUUGAUGUCUAUGCCUUUGGCGUUGUGCUUCUCGAGCUCCUCUCAGGAAGGAAGCCCAUCAGUUCUGGUUGUCCCAAGGGCCAAGAGAGCCUCCUCAUGUGGGCUAAGCCAAUCUUACAAGAUGGAGACACAAAGCAGCUGAUUGAUCCACGCUUAAAGAAUGAAUUUAGUAGCGAUCAAGUAGAAAGGAUGAUCCUAGCUGCUUCACUUUGUGCAAGGAGGCUUCAUCAUGCACGACCUCAUAUAACCCUUGUUUUGAAGCUACUCCAAGGAGACGAUGAUACUGUUGGAUGGGCACGGUCAGAAGUUAACGCUCGGGCUGACAUGUUAGAUGAUGAAAUGCCAAACCAAGAAUCGGACAUCCAAUCCCAUCUCAAUCUUGCAUUACUGGAUGUGAAGGACGACUUGAACUCGAUCAGCAGCACCGAUCACACAUCCGAUUCUCUAACCUCGAGCGCCUCUGCGGAGAACUACUUGCAGUGGAGAUGUAGCCAUUCAUCAAGCUUCGACUAAUUGGUUCUGAGUGCAUCGCCCACGUAAUCUGUAUAGGGUUUUAUUUCUCUAAUCUCCUUGGGUUUUAUGUGAUUACAAAAUCAUACAGAAAAAUACUUGUUGGUGCCUCAUUGCAUCUUCCAUUCCAAGUCCCUCGAGAGUCAUCUUCUUUUCUUUCAAGAAAUGUCGACAACCUCUCCAUUGUUCUCGAACAGAGAUGGAGGAACUAAUAACAGAGUUUGAUUGUUUUAUGUAGUAUCUAACAAGGAUGUGAACACCACUUUCUAAGAUCUUGUGUUUAGUUGGCA